AUGUCAGACUUUCUACCAACCGUACCUAUCUUUCAACCUCCCACCACCUCAGCUACAGAAUACACGAUUACCACGCCAGCCACCACCGAUACCUCUCUUGCCCACGCAUCCGCAUCCGAGAAUCCGAUUCUGCACCCCCGGAAAUUCGAUCUAGAAAGUGACACCGAGCUAUACCUCCAUGAAAACCGCGUGAUUCCUCGGCUAUUCUUCUACGAGCCCGAAGGAGAAUUGCAAAUCUCAAGAUUGAAGAUGUUGAAAGAGGGGUAUUUUGUGGGACAUCCGAGGACGUUGGUUUUUAGCGUUGCUGGGGCCGUGGCUCCCGUGAAACGUGAUGCUCUUCAGACUUUGGAUCUUGGGUUUGGGUUUCCUUCUGCUUCUGCUUCUGCUUCUGCUUCAGGGUCGAGAGAUACGGAGGAGAAGUAUAGAGCAGCCUAUUCGGUGCAUUUUGGACCGAAGUCCAGGUAUAAUACUACCGGUGGAGUGAAGGAGACGGGGAGCAAAAUAGAGAUGCAGAAGAUUGCUGAAUUGGCGGCUGCGUGUGAGGCAUUGGAGUUUGUGGAGUUAGAGUGUAAGAUGAGGGUUAAGGGGUUUGAAGAUGUUAGUGGGGAGAUUGCUGCGGGUGGAUUGGUGGUAGGGGUUACGAGUAGUACGAAUUUGUGGUAUGGGAUUACAGAACAUAUUUACAAAUGGAAACGCAACAAUUUCCACAAUUCAAAAGGCAACAAAGUAGUAGGUGAAGAUCUAUGGAGAAGGAUCGAUGAAUGUAUGAAUCGAUUCGAAUUCAACCAGACGAGAGUCGCUUGGUUAUUAUGUGAAAAGGGAGAUAAUGAAGCGGAGGCAGCGGCUCAGAAGAAGGUUGAUGACACUUUUGUGAGGGGUGGACAGUAG